AAAAGCCAUAGGACAGACUAUGGUGAUACUGCAUGGAUUAAAGCCGGCGAUGCUGAUGGUGAUGGCUCAAGUAAUGUUUGCUGGGGUUAACGUGCUUUACAAAUUGGCAGCCAACGAUGGGAUGAGCUUGAGGAUCAUCGUGGCUUACAGAUUCAUAUUCGCCACUGCUGUUAUGGUUCCUCUUGCUCUCAUUCUUGAAAGGAAGAGGCCGAAGCUAACUUGGACUAUUUUUCUUCAAGCAUUUCUUUGUGCUUUACUUGGGGGUUCAUUACCUCAGAAUAUGUAUAUAGAAGGCCUGACCUUAACAUCUGCAACAUUUGUUUGUGCCAUGACUAAUCUCACUCCAGCCAUAACUUUCAUUGUGGCCGUCACUAUUGGAUUGGAAAAGCUGGCUUUUAAAACAAUACCAGGGAAAGCAAAGGUGUUGGGAACUGCAAUUGGAAUAGGAGGAGCAAUGCUACUCACAUUUUACAAAGGACUCCAAAUCAAUAUAUCAACCCAUAUCGACCUUCUUCCUCAUGGACACCAUGGCUUUAACUCCUCAAAUGCACGCCCUACACACCAGUUAUUGGGCGCUCUCUUGGCCUUUGCCUGCUGCAUCUGCUAUGCUCUCUGGUUGAACAUUCAGGCUAAGAUGAGCCAAAAAUACCCGUGUUAUUACUCGAGCACGGCGCUGACAUGCGUGUUCGGAUCUGUACAAUCGGUCGUGUUUGCAUUGUGCGUGGAAAAGGACAUGAGCCAGUGGAAAUUAGGGUGGAAUAUCAGGCUUCUCACGGUUGCUUUCUCGGGCGUUUUAGGGUUCGGGUUGACGUUAGGGUUGAUGUCUUGGUGCGUGCGUAUGAGAGGUCCACUUUAUACAUCUGUUUUCAGCCCUUUGGUGCUCAUCUUAGUGGCCAUUGCAGGCUCAUUAUUUCUUGAAGAAAUGCUCCACCUUGGAAGCAUCAUUGGAGCAGUGCUAAUUGUGAUGGGACUUUAUGUUGUGUUAUGGGGAAAAAGCAAGGAGAUGAAGAAGACGGGAGAGUUAGUGCCACCAUCAAUUCCUUCUUCAGAAAAUAAAGCUGUAGAAAUUGUUGUUGCUUCUUCUUCUUUAGACGACAUUUCCAUUAUUAGCAACGAUAACAGUGAUUUCGUCACUAAUGAUUCGCCAGUGAAAUAG